GAAGAGAGAGACCUAGGAAGAGAGAGACCUGAAGAGACAUCUCAGAAGAAUCAGCUGCAGCUUUCCUAUUCCCAACGCAGCCGGCGCCAUGGACACUAAAGGCACAUUUUCCUGUGGCUUCCUCUUGCUGCUGCUCCUCCAGCUCCAGUCCAGCAGAGCCAACCCUAUCUACAGCCUCAGCCCUGCCAAAGAACUGGCCAGCAUGGAGGCUCUGCUGGAGAGACUGGAGAAUAAGUUUGCAAUGAUUGAAGCCCUGGAGUCCAAUCCUGACCUGCAAGAUCCCAAAACCCAGGAGGAGAUUCCAGCAGAACUCGUCGAUGAGAGCGACGAGCAGAAGGCCGACCCCAGGCUAGCACCCAGCACCCCUCUGUCCUACAGGGACCCCUUCCUCAAGAGACUGAGGGGGCUGCAGAUGCCCAGGAUGAUGAGAGAUUCUGGCUGCUUCGGGAGGAGAAUCGACAGGAUUGGCUCCCUGAGUGGCAUGGGCUGCAAUGGUUCCAGAAAGAAUUAGGACAAGCUCCUUACACCCUGCUCUGAAGAAUGCUUUACAGAACCCAUUCCUCCCACGAUGCUUUCCAUGCUCUUCAGCAGAAAGUUCUUCCUAUUUCUAUUUAUUUAUUUAUUUAUUUAUUUGAUUUUUUUUUUUUUUUUUAAAAAGACAUUUCUUACUCUAGCACCAAGAGACCAUCUUUAAAUAAAACUAACACGUUAACACAUCUCUGCUGGACCUCUCUCCUGUCUGUUGCAUUAAAAUUUCUUGUAUUUUCCUAAAGUCAAAAGCCUGUUUUAUUGGUACUGUGGUACCCACAAGGCUGCAUCUUACACAAGA